CGGCGAGCGGGCCGCGGCGGGGCCCGGAGGCGCCGAGCGCGUGGGGGGGGCCGCCGCGCAGGGCGGGGGCCGCGACGACGGUGCCGCGGCCACCUCGAUGCCCGCGGCGCGACGGGGCGCUGGCCAGAAGCUCCGGACAGGGCGGCCGCCAGGGCCCACCUCCACCAGGCCGUCGCGCUGCCAGCUGCGCCGACAGACAGGGCAGCCCCUGUCCGCCGCGGCGGUGCUGCAGCCCUCCGACAGGUACAUGAAGGCGCAGGCGCGGUGGAAAGCGUGGGUGCACUCCGAGCCUUCCGUCGCGCGCACCACGGGGCAGAUGACGCAGAGCCCGUCGGGCUGCAUCGGCAGGGCCAUCCCUGCGAACCGCGGGCCGCUGGACCGUGCCUGAGGAAAAGCUGCU